GGAUGCUCGCUGACCUCAAUCGCAGGCACAGCCUCAUGUCCACUUGCUCUUCUCCCCCUUCCGUCAAGCGAUACCCAGCACGUGCACUAGAAAGACACACCACGACUCCACCAGAAGCCAUCCCAACGACCUUUCUCGCGCCAUCGCUCCAAAAGCGUGUGGUGAUCAAAGCGCUCACAUCAUCUGCAACUCCGCGCGAUACCAGUACAAGACCUGCACAUCAGACUGCCUGCAAGACGCAUUCCAGCAACCCUGUUCCUGAUCGAUCCUUCUCCACUACAACAACAUGCGUCACCUAAGAUAGAGUGGAAACGUAACGUCUGUUCCCCCACUCGUGCGGUUCCACUAUAACAAGCCCUCUGUAAUAUUGUACGACACUUGCCCGUGGGCCAUCACGGAUCCCAAGAUUGCUGCCGCACCUUCGUUCGGAGCUACGGCGCUGCAACGACCGGGUCGCGGGCUACCCUGACGACGAGGGUAUCGCCAAGUAAUGAGCAUGCAGAG